AUGGACUCGUAUGUCAACCGUAGAAUAUGGAAUACCAUUUCCGACCAUAUGGAUGAGAUCACUGAUCUCUUGCCCUCCAACACGGGCAGAAUGUCGCUCACAACUUCCUUAACUCGAGCUUUAAAAGUUGAUCUUGGAUGCGAUGUAGUUGAAGCUAAAGAUGCAACCGAUAAAGAAUUGACGAGUUUUCACGGAAAAGAGUUUGUGACCGAAUUGCUAAGGCAGAGAGGAAGCAACGUUGAGGAAAUUGACGACGAAAAGGAAGCUCAUUUCAAUAAAACAAGCCAUCUUGAAAAAUUUGGUCUUGUCUACGAUUGCCCACUUUUCUGUGGAUUGGACAGAUAUGUCAGGGCUGUGGCAGGAUCUAGUAUCAAUUCCGCGAGGAAACUUCUAUCAGAUACAAAAGACCAUCUAUUAGCCAUCAAUUGGUAUGGGGGAAGGCACCACUGUCAAAAGAACAGAGCAGCUGGAUUCUGUUACGUUAACGAUAUUGUCAUGGCUAUCAAUGUACUUCGACGAAGGUACCGCAAAGUUUUCUAUCUUGAUCUUGAUCUCCAUCACGGUGAUGGGGUAGAAUCUGCUUUUGAGCACUCUAGCAGUGUUUUAACAUGUUCUAUUCACCGCUAUGACGUUGGGUUCUUUCCUGGAACUGGUAGUUUAAAGAGCAAUACUGCUACCAAGGUCAAUAUUCCAACAGAGAAAGGACUUUCAGACAAAACUUUGGCCACAAUUAUGGCAGAAAUCGUCUAUCCAGUCAUUCUGAAAUUCAAACCUGAUGCUUUUGUUGUACAAUUAGGCUGCGAUGGUCUCUCUACAGAUCCAGCUAAGGAAUGGAAUUUGACUAUUCAGGGUAUGGGAAGCAUAGUUGAAGAUCUCUUGCGGUUUGUGGAGCCAAAACCAUGUCUUUUUCUUGGCGGUGGAGGAUACAACCAUACAGAAGCUGCCAAGUUUUGGACAUAUAUUACCAGCAUAAUCUCAGGAAUCGACACUGUUCGCAAUAUUGACGAAAUACCAGACCACAAACAUUUGGAAGAAUACGAGCACGAUGGCUACUUGUUCUGGACUCCCAAGAAUACGACAGCUCGAAGUAUUGCGGACAGAAACACUUCUAAUUACCUUCAUGAAGUCAAGACAACAAUCUUGACCAAUUUUUCAUAA